AUGUUCACCUGCAAUGUCUGGCCAGCACAAACAUUCGUUCCUCUAAGUGCGGGCACUAUAAUCGAAACUGUUGGAAUCGCCCUCCUGACCUGGGCAACCACAACUCGAAACAUUCCUGUCGUCAGCGGAAUGAUGGCUGUUGCUGGUGCUGGAACAGGCAUGCGAUUUAUGCCAGCCACACUACAUGUGGCUGGAAUUUGGCCCGAUAAGAUUGCCCCUGCCAUGUCCAUCAUGAGGUUCAGCCUGCCUUUCGGCGGAACACUUGCUUUGACCAUUAUGGGCAGUGUGUUUAACAACAAGAUGGCCGAGGUCUUCCGACAUGGCAGUAGUAAGGAAGGCCUGGACCUACAUAAUACCGGUCAAAGCCUGGAAGCAAUUAACAAAUUGCCCCCGGAUAUCCAAAACUAUGUGCGCAAUCUGGCGAAGAAUGCUGUGUUGUGGGCAUUUAUCUCUAUUAUUCCUAUUAUGGCGAUCAGUCUAGUGGCCGUAUUCUUCCUUGGAAAUGUCUGGAUUAAGUCUAAAAAGGCUAAGGAGGAAGCCGAGAGGAAAGCCGCGGAGGAUGGAAAGAUUGGGGAGGCUAUUGUUAGCAGCGAGGUUAUCCAGAUCCCCUUCCUGUGGGCUCUUAUUACAGUAAGCAUCUAA